CUCGCAGUGCCGAGUGGCUGCACCAUGGAGGUGAUGACCCCGCCGACCAUGUACGCCCUGAACGGCUCCUCCAUCCGCCUCAGUUGCACGUUCAGCUCCUGCUACCAGGUGGAGAAGAAGCAGUUCUCCCUCAACUGGACCUACCAGAGGUGUGACAACUGCUCAGAGGAGACCUUCCUGCAGUUCAAACUGAGGAUUGUGCCCACGGAGCUGAGCCGCUUCGGGGACCGCGUGGAGUUCACGGGGAACCCCACCAAGAACGACGUCUCCUUCACCCUCCACGACGUGCAGCUGGAUGAUGAGGGCAUGUACCACUGCUACGUGAUGAACCCGCCUGACCGGCAGAAGGGCCACAGCAAGAUCAGCCUCAAGGUCAUUACGCAAGAGCUCCCGGAGCGCGACUCCACCGUGGCAGUGAUCGUGGGCGCCACAGUGGGCGGCUUCCUGGCAGUGGUGAUCCUGGUGCUCGUCAUCGUCAAGUGUGUGCGGCGCAAGAAACAGCAGCGACUGAACACGGACGACCAGAAGACGGAGGAGGAGGGCAAGACGGAUGGAGAAGGCAACCCUGAGGAAGGCACCAAGUAGUGCGGCUCCCUUCCCGGGCC